CCCAGGAGAAUGAAAAACCCUAGACGGGAAGAACUCAAGUGUUCUCUCCGAUCAAUCUCUCUCCAGAGCUUAGUUCGCGAUUUUCUAGGGUUCUUCGCCGGAAAAUGAAGCCGGUGGUAGGAACUGUGGUGUCGAACAAGAUGCAGAAGUCGGUGGUGGUCGCCGUCGAUAGGCUCUUCCACCACAGGGUCUAUAACCGCUACGUCAAGCGCACUUCCAAGUUCAUGGCUCACGACGAAAACAAUCUCUGCAACAUCGGCGAUCGAGUGAAAUUGGAUCCUUCGAGGCCAUUGAGCAAGCGUAAGCAUUGGGCCGUUGCCGAAAUCCUCAAGAAAGCUCGGAUAUUUUCUCCCGAGGCUGUUGCUUCAGCUCUCAAUUCGUCGGCAGCUGGCACUUCCUCCGCCUCUGCUACCCAUUCCCAGACUUCCCCGCCUUCCUCUUCCUAAGAUGAUGGUGGGUUUCAAGAUUACACUGGACAUCUGGAGAGGUUAAGUUUAGAGUUGCUUGCUUGGCAUGGCAAGGUAACACUGGCCAUUCCAAAGCGGUUCUUGGUUGAUGAUGAUUAUUAUUUUAUUGAAAUAAAUCGUGAGAGUUUGAGAUAGAGAAGCAUGCAGUCGGCCUUGAUGGUUAACAAUCAGUCCUUGAUCAAAUGGAUGAAGUUUUGCCAUGGCUCAUGAAAUCUUGCGACACAAGUAAAUUCCGGGGAUGUGCCUUGGAUCUACCUCUCUUCUUCACACGUGUACAGUCUUCUGGGAUAAUGUAACAGUUUUCAUUAAAAAAAAAAAAAAAAA